GCGUAUCGACAGUUUCCCACAAUCUUGACCACUUGCUAUACAGGGUUGAUCGAAUUGCACCUUGUUCGCGAUGGUGUACUUCUCUCCAUCAGCUAAUAUGAGACCAGUGCAGGCGUGGGCAUUUCGACCCGUAUUCGAACAAGACGUUGCAGAAUCACCAACGUUCCUAUCCCUUCAUGGGCAGAACACACCAUGCUCUUAGGAAUGACUCAGGUCGCCGUCUACAACGCGAACGGUUCGAGCUUCUUCAUGGAUAAUAAGUGUUCAACAAGAAUAUGCAAGCAAAGAUAAGCACUCGCGACUGUGGACCCGAAUCCAAGGCACACCAUGAGCUAGCAUGGUGGCGCAAUAGCUGCCUCGAUCAGAUAUCAUCUCUAAGCUCGCACAACGCCUCACAUCCUCGCAGACGUGCACAAGCAGACAGCCAAAGCUUCAGCUCCAAGCAUUCAAUGGCCAUCGAUCCCGAAUACCCUCUGCUAAGAGUAGCCAUAGUGGGCGCAGGCCCAGGCGGCCUCGCAACGGCAAUAGCUUUGCAACAGAUCCCCAAUGUUGAAGUGACGAUUUAUGAGCAGGCCAAGGUGCUCCGAGAAGUUGGCGCUGGUAUCAGCAUAGGCCAAAAUACGUGGAACGUCUUGGAAUUGCUGGGCGUCGCGGAUGACUUGACCAGUGGGCAUCCUACUGUGACAGUGCUGAACCUAAAUGGUGCUACCGGUGAAGAGCUUUCGAGGUUCGAGAAGCAGACUGACACCAAGCGACUACCAAUACGAACCCAAAGAACCAAGCUGCAAUCUGCCCUGCGAUCUCAUGUGUCUGAGGAGAGACUCAGACUAGGCACCAAAGUUGCCAGCAUCGAAGACCUCGGGCAGGGCGGAGUGCUCCUGAGAUUUGCAGAUGGCUCAGAAACCGCUGCUGAUCUCGUAGUUGGUGCUGAUGGUAUUCGUUCUGUCGUUCGAGACGCUGCGUGGAGAGAUUAUGAGCUCAAGUUCACUGGCACCACUAUCUGGCGAACUCUACUACCUUGGGACGCUGUGAAAGAUCUUGACCCGAGAUUCGCAACGACGGCAUGGUGGCACACACCUACCACGCACGUCUACUUCUCACCAGUGGGUGAAGGCUUGUGGGAAAUUGCAGCUCGAGCAUACCAAGAUCCUGCGAUCCAUGCUGCUGACAAGCACAGCUGGGGCGUACCUGUGACAAAUGAGGUCGUGGAAUCUCAUUUUGGCGUGAGCAUUGUAGGCAACGAAAACAGAGACGAGAGCUGACAACAAAUCUGAACAGGCUUAUCUACCACAGGUCCGCGAAGCUUUGCAGAGAGUGCCAGAAGGAGGUUGGAAAGAAUUUGCAGCUUUCGCCGGCCCAGAGCUCGACGACUUGACAAACUGGAACGACAAGAUAGUGCUCGUUGGAGACUCAUCACAUGCACUUUCCGGAGCAUUUGGAUCUGGUGCAGGAUUUGCCAUGGAGGACGGCUGGGUGUUGGCUCAAGCGUUGAAAGCGAGUCGUAACGACAUUCAUCAAGCGCUUCCCAUUUUCAACAGGAUACGCCUGCCGUACUAUUCCCGAAUGUACGCGCAUCUCGCUGAAGUGGCCGAGCGGAGAAGCCAGAAUUUGCAGAAAGUUGUCAACCCAACUGCGGAAGAUUUGGUCCGCAAUAAAGUCAUCCAGCCGGGAGGACGUGACAUGCAGUGGAUUUACGGUAACCAUAUCGGUAGGGUGUGGGAACAGUCCACUGCUGGCAUAGAAGCACAGCUCUGAAAAGACACGUCAUUACUUGCUAAUCUAGAUCAUCACAAUAUACCAUCAGUCACCGAUGCGAAGCCAUCGCAGGAAUCAUACG